AUGCAGUUCAUCACCGUCAUCAUUGCAACCCUGGCCGCCGUCGCCACUGCUACUCCUUCCGCGGAUGCCCUUGAGAAGCGCACCUGCGUUGGCCACUACAAGAAUGCCUGCCACAGCAAUGGUCCCUCUUGCUGCGAUGGCUGGCAGUGCGUUGGCGCCACUGAGUGGAACGCCGGUGUUUGCAUUCCUCGCUACUAG